UGGCAGAGUGAAAAACAUUUCAAAAGUACGAGCCAGUAUGUCUUCAAAGAGUGGAGUUGAUUUCUUGAGAAAUUUAGCAAACUACUGCGUUAAGCUCGGUGGCUAUGAUACUGUAUUGAAGGCCUGCCGUAUAACAGAUGGUGGUAAAGGCCGUUGUAUUGGUGAAUUUACUAUUUCCAAAGAACAUUUAAAUGGUUUCGGAACGUUACAUGGCGGCUAUGCAGUUACGAUUAUCGAUAAUAUGUCUACAUAUGCAUUAAUGUCGGCCGAUUCACAUCCUGGAGUUUCUGUUGAUCUAAGUGUUAGUUUUUUAAAAAGUGCUAAAGAAGGAGAAGUAUUAGUAUUCGAUGCGAAAACUAUCAAAAUUGGCAAAAACAUGGCAUUUAUUGACUGUGUACUCAAAAAGAAAUCAGAUGACUCCAUUGUGGUUAAGGGCAGUCAAACGAAAUAUGUUGACUUUAAUAAGGAAGAAUUUAAAAAGCUACACCGAUUUUAAAUUACAUACAUAUAUUUUUGGUAAUAUAUAAAUACACUCAGAUGUUUUAAUUGACAUUGUUUUUUUAAAGUGUUUUAAGUUUUUUCAUUUAAACAGCAAUCCUUAUUUAAUUAUAUUCUCAAUAUACUGUGUUAAUUGAUGUUUUGUUUUUCAAAUAUUUAUAUAUGUAUUUUAAUUUAAAUAAAUCUUUGUUAUAAAAUCACGAUUUUAAAC